AUGACAACACUGCGACGCAAACGCGUGCGCACCGCGGACAACUGGGAUGUACAGAGAGUCGGUGCGCUGCCUAGUUCGAUUGAGGAAGAGCAAGCGCAGUUGAGAGCGGCCUUGGCCGCAAGUGCAGCGACGGUCGCAUGUCCUAUUUGCGAUACGUGCUGGCCGCCAGACGAUAUCGAGCGGCAUGUGAACCAGUGCAUUGAUGGCCCAUCGAAAAAAGCGCCGGCACCCAACGACGAAGGGAAGGAAGAAAAGAAUCCUGCUAUGGUGCAGCAGCAAUGGGCAUCGAUUUUGCCAGGGGAGAAAAAGGUGGUGGGAUCGCGGCGUAUGCCAUUCUACAAAAUCUUAGACGGCAUGCCGAUCAGCGUAGACGCGUUUCGAUACGGCGCGAUUCCUGGGUGCACAGCGUACAUCUUAACACACUUUCACUCGGAUCACUACGGCGGUCUCACAUCCAAGUGGGUGCAUGGCCCGAUCUACUGUACACAGAUCACGGCGCGUCUCGUCGAGAAGCAUCUGCAUGUUGAUCCGCAGUGGCUGCAUCCGCUGCCAUGGGACAAGUCUGUGCUAUUGCCAGAUACAGGCGGCGUGCAUGUGACGUGCAUUCCUGCCAAUCACUGCCCAGGCGCAGCGAUGAUCGUUGUAGAAGGGCCACAUACCGCGCACAUUCACCCACAUAGUACGCCGAGUCCCUACAUCGGACUGCCUCGUACGUUUCGGUAUCUGCACUGUGGCGACUUCCGUGCAUGUCCAGCCCAGCUUGCGCAUGCCGCCAUGCAAGCGCCCUUUGACGUGGUGUACUUAGACACGACGUACCUGGAUCCACGCUACGCCUUCCCUCCGCAGCCCCAUGUGGUGCAGGCGUGUGUUGAUAUGCUGACAGCACCUGCACCGGAGCCCACCUUAUCGACAUGGCUACAAAAGAACCCCGUCCUUGAUGCCCCCCUUGUGGUCGUGGGCACCUAUUUGCUAGGCAAGGAGCGGCUGAUCAAAGCGCUGGCCCAUGCGCUGCAGACGCGCAUAUACUGCUCAGAUGCACGCAAGUACGAUACCUACGCUCUGCUUAACGAUCCUGCGCUGGUCGAGUGUCUUACACGGGACCCACGAGAGGCGCGUGUGCAUGUUUUAUCGCUGGCCGGUGUCCAAAAAGAGGCCUUGCUUGAGUAUACGCAAGCACUGCAGCGCCGUGGUCUGCGAAUUACACAUACGAUGGCUUUCCGGCCUACAGGCUGGACGUACCGCCAAACCACGACGCUUACACCACAGCAAUCCCUAGCUGAUAUCAUGGCGCAUUUUACACCGCUGCCUUCCUAUACCCGCACAUCGAUGCAAGCGACCAAAGACAGCACACCGCAGCUUCGGAUUUGA